AUGAAUAUCACAUUGAAGGUAGCUGCAAAAAUGGGAGAUAUUGACUUGCUCUACACACUGAUUCAGGUGGAACCAUAUCUCUUGGAGCACACUGAUUUGAUACCAUUUGUUGAUACUCCUUUGCAUAUUGCUGCUGCUUCUGGGCAUGCUAGUUUUGCCACCGAGAUUAUGAGACUCAAACCUUCCUUUGCUUGGAAGCUAAACCAGUAUGGACUUAGCCCCACGCACCUUGCAUUACAAAAUCAGCAUUAUAGAAUGGUGUCUCGCUUUAUAGACAUCAAUAAAGACCUCGUCCGAGUCAAAGGGAGGGAGGGUCUUACUCCUUUGCAUGUUGCUACUCAAAUUGGAAAACUUGAUCUUAUAGCUAAGUUCUUAUCAGCUUGUCCAGGUUCUAUUGAAGAUGUCACUGUUCGAAGUGAAACUGCUCUGCAUAUUGCUUUGAAAUAUAAACAGUUUCAUGCUCUUGAGGUCUUUGUUGGUUGGCUUCAGAGGAACCCCCAAAGACAAGCUCAGAAACUAGAAAAAAAGGUUCUAAACUGGGAGGACGAGGCAGGCAACACCAUUCUGCAUGUUUCAGUUCUCAAAUGCUUCUCACAGGCAGUUAGAUUGUUGAUACAUAGCAACAUAGACAUAAAUGCCAAGAAUUUAGAGGACUUAACAGCAUUGGACAUAGUGGAGAAUAAUCACCCCCAUGCUUACAAUGCAGAGAUUAGGGAUAUGUUACUCAGAGCUGGAGCUUUACGUGGCUUUUCACUUGAUGCUUCUCCACUAUGUGAAGAAGAGCUAAGAUCGAAAAUCACAUUUAAUGAGAGAGUAGCAAUUUAUGUUACUCGCAUCAAAAGGAGAAUAUCAAAUGACACACGUAAUGCUUUGUUGGUGGUUGCUAUUCUUUUUGCAACAAGCACAUAUGAAGCAGUACUUAGUCCCCCAGAAAGUGUUGGAAAAGUGGUGAUGAAAAGUCAAGUAUUCUUUUGGUUUUGGUCAUUUAAUACAUUUGCCUUUUAUCUAUCAAUUUUGAUGAUAUGCUUACUAAUGCCUAGAGGGCGCAUUAGUGUAUUAGUGACUCCUCCACUUUCUCUAUUUUCGGGUUGCUAUGUGUUCUCCAUGCUGGUCAUAUCACCUAGCCCUAAUUUAACCAUUGCCUCUGUGGUUCUGCCAUGCCUACUUUUAGCAUUGUACUUUUGGGGAACUUCAACAUAUGUUAGAUUAGCCAAAAAACUUCGAAGAUAUAGUCCUAAAAAGGAAGACAAAUCAAGGUUUUCAGGAGGAAACAGAUGGUAA